CAUGCCGCCUGCUGGCCCCUGUUUGUUAAAGCGACAGUUAUUUUGCUUGUGAAUUUGUGGUUGUGUGGUUGCACAGAAGGGGCCACACCCCUCUGCUCCGAGGUGGCUCAGCAGGAGCGUGCCAGCGUGUCCACCUUCAAGACACUUCAUGCAUGCUUUCCAGUCAUCAUGGAGCUGCCCUGGUGACCUGGAGUCCUGGUGUGCAGUCCCAGGCGGCCUCCGGGUCGGGUGGGUAGGAACAGCGAACUCUCACCAGGAAAACACAGCGCCCCAUCUCAGCCUAGCCACUCCCUGUUCAGAGCGGAGCCGGGUCUGUGCUUGGGGAGAAGCCAAGCCGAGCCAAAGAUUUCAACAGAGAACGGAGGAAACACACCCACUGAGGUUCUCAUAGCAACAUAACCACGCACAGGCAGCGGCCUAUUCUGGUGGGAGCUGUCUCAGCUCCCCUCCUCCCUGGUUAGUCAGAAUGGAUGCACACGCGGGAGCAGGGUGGGGUGGGGGCAGGCGGGGAGCUGGUUCCCGUGCUCCCUCGGCUUGCUGAAGGCCCGUGGGCCAUGUCCUGCUGGCUCUGUCUUGGGUCUCUUACCUGAAAAAUGGGAGCACUGAACGUAGAGCGUAUCUCUGUAUCACCGAACCCUUGCUGGCUCUUAUGGGCAUGAAACACUCCUCCCGCUGCCUGCUCCUAAGGAGGAAAAUGGAGGAGAACGCUGCCGAGAACACCGAGGUGAGCAGCCCCCCCUCUCAGCCCCCUCAGCCCGUCAUCCCGCCCAAGCCCGUGCAAUGUGUCCACCACGUGUCCACCCAGCCCAGCUGCCCAGGACGGGGCAAGAUGUCCAAGCUGCUGAACCCCGAGGAGAUGACCUCGCGAGAUUACUACUUCGACUCCUACGCCCACUUUGGGAUCCACGAGGAGAUGCUGAAGGACGAGGUACGAACGCUCACCUACCGAAACUCCAUGUACCACAAUAAGCACGUGUUCAAGGACAAAGUGGUGCUGGACGUUGGGAGUGGCACCGGGAUCCUUUCCAUGUUUGCUGCGAAAGCAGGAGCCAAAAAAGUGUUUGGGAUCGAAUGCUCCAGCAUCUCUGACUACUCGGAGAAGAUCAUCAAGGCCAACCACUUGGACAACAUCAUCACCAUAUUUAAGGGGAAGGUGGAGGAGGUGGAGCUGCCGGUGGAGAAGGUGGACAUCAUCGUCAGCGAGUGGAUGGGCUACUGCCUGUUCUACGAGUCCAUGCUCAACACCGUCAUCUUUGCCAGGGACAAGUGGCUGGUGAAUAGAUUACGACACCCAUUUCCCACACUUCAUCAACAGAAACCUGGAGGGCUUAUGUUUCCAGACCGGGCGGCUUUGUACGUGGUAGCAAUUGAAGACAGGCAGUACAAGGACUUCAAAAUCCACUGGUGGGAGAAUGUCUAUGGCUUUGACAUGACCUGUAUUCGCGACGUUGCCAUGAAGGAGCCCCUGGUGGACAUCGUGGACCCAAAGCAAGUGGUGACCAACGCCUGUUUAAUAAAGGAGGUGGACAUCUACACGGUGAAGACGGAAGAGCUGUCGUUCACGUCUGCGUUUUGCCUGCAGAUACAGCGCAAUGACUACGUCCACGCCCUGGUCACCUAUUUUAAUAUUGAAUUUACCAAGUGCCACAAGAAAAUGGGCUUUUCCACAGCCCCCGAUGCUCCCUACACCCACUGGAAGCAGACCGUCUUCUACCUGGAAGAUUACCUCACUGUCCGGAGGGGGGAGGAGAUCUAUGGGACCAUAUCCAUGAAGCCAAAUGCCAAAAACGUGCGAGACCUCGAUUUCACAGUAGACUUGGAUUUUAAGGGACAGCUGUGUGAAACAUCUGUAUCUAAUGACUACAAGAUGCGUUAGCACACGUGGGAAGCUGCAGAGAGCGAGCGAGAACAGGAACUCAUCUCGAUCUGCCGCACUGUCCUAAGGAACGCUGUUUGCAGGACUUCCACUCCAAACCAGAGCUGUCAACUCUGCCUUGCGGAUUGGUGAACUCACCAGGGCUCCCGUGGGCCCCACCACUGGACAGAGGGCUCCCAGGUCCUCCGCUCUGCCCUGGGACCCCCUCACGGAGGCUUUGUUGUCACCCACAAAGAGCGGCCUCACGAGCUGUGGCUGGGGCUUGAGGUUGGAAAAGUCCCCAUGUACCCCGUCCUUCUUAACUGUGACUCUGGAUCUUCUGAGUUUUGCAUGCUGCAGGCAUCUAGGGCAGAUUGCUUCCACUAGAACCUGGAGACUUAGUGUCUUUGAUAGCAUAAGCCAGAUUUAUCGUCCGUGUGGUGGCGUGUGCGUGCGUGCGUGUGCAUACAGCAUAUAUAUUAGUUUAUUUACCCUCGGUCCCUGUGUAUGCAAGCAUAUGCAGCCACGUGGGUAUAUUUAUGUGUUCAUUCAGAGGGGUGUGUGCGCGCGUGCGUGGGUGCGUAGACUAUAUAUCACUCUCAGAGGAGAUUCUGUUGCUUUUGAAUAGGAAUUUGUUUUGUGAUUAGUUCUCCCCUUCCCUGAACAGAUGUUAAACAGCUAUGAACCUUCUCUGUACUAGCUCUGGUCUUCUUCUGACUAGACUGGGCUCUGAACCCUGAGCACAGACCCGCGGACUCUGGGUGUUCAAUAAACACACGUGAGAAC